AACACCGCACCAAUGUACAGGUAAAAGCAAAUUUACUCUCAAACUCGUAUUAUAAAAGCUAGCACUUUGUUUCCACCAACACAUUUAAACAUAACACGAAGAUGUCAGUUCCAGAUUUGAAAUGCUCGGUUGUUGGUGAUGCUCGAGUUGGCAAGACUUGCCUUACCAAAGUAUUUAUUGGAGAAAAGGGCGAUGAAAAAUAUACACCAACUAUUUUUGAGAAUUACUAUGGGGAAACAUUUUGUAGAGGAAAGAAAGCCAUCGUAUCAAUUUAUGAUCUACCCGGACAGCAUGACUUUGACCAGAUGAGGCGAUUUGCACUCAAAGACAGUAAUGUCAUCAUCAUUUGCUACGAUGUCCAGAAAAGAAAAUCUUUCGAAAAUGUUCAGUCUGUGUGGAUUCCCGAAAUUCGACAGUUCCUUGGAAAGACCAUACCAAUUGUUCUAGUGGGAAUUCUUUCGGGUAAAAAUCAAGCAAGAAGCGUGUCUAAAAGAGAAGCAAUCAAAAUCACCUCCCAAAUGCGAAUUCAUGACUACUUUGAGAUAUAUUCUGACGAUAAUGUUGAAGUGUCCUGUCUGUUUUCUUGUGUCGCAUCUAUUGCAAAGAAAACAAAAAGGCACAAUUCGUCCUUUCUUCGACGUAUGUUUAUAAAUUGACACUCUCAAUCAAGUCUAUGGGUGUUAUUUUAUUGUUCCAGAGGAAUAAGAACGUUGACCUGGUCUGAACCUAAAUGAAGCCAGUUGAACUACAGUAAUAUGAUGAUAGUUUUCAUAUGAUGGCCUACAAGAUAUUGCGAACUGUUCUGAAAUUCCAAUCUUGCAAAUAAAAGGUCUAAUCAUGAAUGAGCAAACUCCAGCACUCAAGGAUGAAGAAAGGGACAAAAUGACUGAGAGAAGAGACAUAAUUACUACGUAAUUAUUGAGAAAUUCAAUGUAUUUUGCUUGUAUUAUUGUCAUACUUUUUCGU